AUGCCCCCCACGUCGUCAAUGGCCGCACUCAUGGCCUCGCCUACUACCUCGGGAGGCGACGCUACUUUGAUGGCCAACGGUCAGACCCUUCCCGACAUCUCACUCGGGUCUCUAGGAUCCAGUUUCAGGUCGGAGGAUGAGGACGAGCGGCUGGAGCAAGAACGAGCAAGGUCGAACCCGAAUCCCACAUCUCGAGCCCGCCGCUACUCACCCGAAACAUCACAAUCACGAUCCAACGCCACCCCUUCCCCACCUCGCGCCGCUCUCCUGACUGUGUCUCCCCCACCUACAAUCCGCAAAUCAUCCUCCCAUUCUGUCCUCAACACCCAAGCUCCCCGCCGUCCGCGCGUCUUGCAUCGCCGAACAUCGUCCGUGGCGGCCUCUUCUGAUGGCUCUGAUGGCGAGGACAUCACAGGGCCGCUCGAGGCCAGAUAUGGAAAGGCGGAUGAGGAGACGGACGAUGAGGCGAUGCUGAGCGCACUAAGCUUGGUGCCCAGUCCAAGAAAGACGGGCGGGGGUGGAAAGAGGGCGUACGGGGGGGCGAGUGGACGAAGUGGGAGGCAUAGCGUUGCUGCGGGAGAGCUGAAUGGACCUAUGACCCUGCGUGAUCAAGAAAAGCAAUUGGAAGAAACAAAGAAGGAAGUCUUCAACCUCCAACUUGAGAACCAUUUCCUCAAAGAACGUCUCUCCAAUAUGGCUCCCGAGCAUAUCGAGGCCGCCUUGAAAGAGAAUGUAAAGCUCAAACUGGAAAUCCUUACCCUCAGCAAAGAGCUCAAAAAGUUAAAGAAGCUGGUCAUGCAGCAGGACCGGGAUCUGGCUGCUACGGCGAGAGACAGCGGCGGUAGCCGCGAGGCAAGGGAACUGGAGAAGUUAUGGAAGGAUGAGAAAGAAAGAAGAAGACGUGCCGAGGAGCAGGUCAGCAGCCUGAAAGACGAACUGCAAUCCGGAGCAGCCGACCCAGAGCUCCGCGAAAAGCUUGAAGACGCAGAAGCCUCUGAAAAUGUCUGGCGCCAGCGCACCGAACAGCUUGAGCAGGAACUGGACGAUCAAAGGGCAGCCAAUGACGACAAUCAAGAAGAGUUCGCCAAGCUGCGGGAUGAGGCUGACAGGGCGCUGGACGAGGUGGACAAGCUCAGGGGGGAGCUCGAUGGCGCGAGGGGUAUGAGGGAGAGUGUAGGCCUGGGGAAGGGCAGGGAGACUAGAUUGGCACAAAAGGUGCAAGAGUUGGAGUCGCAGAACGCUUCAUUGCAGUCAGAUCUGUCGAUGGCGAAAAAGGGGGUCAUGUCGGAGGAGGAUGCAGAGAUGCUUGAAGAGCGCCUGAACGAACUCCAAGACAAGGUGGCCGCCCUUCAACUUGAACUCGAUAACCGUGACCAGGAAGUCGACGACCUCAACGUCGAGCUCGAUGCAAAGGUCCAAGAGCACGAGAAAGAGCUGCAGCAAGUUGCCGAGGAAUGGAAAGACGAGGUUCUGGAAGCGCGAGCUCAGGUGGAUGAAGUCCGAGAUGUGACCCUCAUUGAGCGAGAAGAGCACCUCACCUCUGCACUUGAAGAGAUCUCCCAACUGCAAGCCACCAAAGCCGUCACCCACGACCGCCUCGAAGAAACGCUCAAAAACAUCGAGCGCGACAAUGUCGAAAAGGACGCCGAGCUAAUGGAUGCCAAUCGCGAAAUUGAAGAGCUCGGUCAGAAGGUGUACGAGCUGGAAGAGCUGGUGGAGGACCACAGGGUGAGGGAGGGGGAGCUUAAUGCGGAUCUGAAGGGGGCGGAUGAGGCUUUCGAGCAUGCCAAAGCACACUAUGAGGAGUUGAUUGGGGUGCUAAAGGAGGCGAGAAGAAAAUUGCAACAAGAGAAAGAGGAUGCGCUGGAUCAGAUCAGGAAGGAGCGAGAUGCACGACAGGCCGAGAAAGACGCUGCCAAACGUGAUCUCGAUGCUCAUUCCUCACGCCAUCGCCAAGCUCUGGCGGAGAAAGACACCUACUCUGCCCGUCUACAGUCCGAACUCGACGCUGCUCGGGAGCGAGUCACACUGCGCGAUCGCGACCUCGCGCGAGUCGAGGGCAAACUCCAAGAUCUGGAAGACGAGAGGAGGAAGCUUGGGGACGAGCACACUAGUGAUAGGUUCGGGCUGGAGUUGGAGCUUGAGAGAGUGCAGAGAGAUCUACAAAGGCUGGAGGAUGAACUGGAAAUCGAGAGGAAGGAGAUGGAUCAGAAGGAUGAAAUGCUUAGGGAGAAGGAUCUCGAAGCCGCCCAAAUGCUUGACAAGCAUCGGGACAUCGAGAACCGCUUGGCUUCUGAAAGACAAGGCAGGCUCAACAUCUCUGAUAAGCUUGAUCAGACGCUCAAGGCCGCUCGACAACACGAGCGUGAAGCCAACAACCUUCGUGAACGUCUCGAGGAACUGGAGCCGCUGCUCACAGAGACGCAACAAGAACGGUUCCAGCUCCAAAAGCAGUCCGAGUCCCAGAGGCAGGAGAGAAGCGAGCUGUUGUUGCGAGUGUUCAAGGAGGUCAACAAGUUCCUCGGUACAGAGGACAACACGACACCAGCAAACUUUGCGCUAUUCAGAGAUACGCUGGUACACCGGCUCAAAUCGAUGCUCUCGGUCCGAUCAGAGUUUGACAAGAAGAUCAAGGACACGGAAGCUUCUGUCGAUCAACGCAUGUCCUCUCUCAAGCGCCAGCUCGAACAGAAAUGGCGCACCUUGGACCAAUUUGAGGCUUCGGUCAAAAAGCUCGAAAUUACGAAGCGUGAAUGGCGCUCCAAGUUUGCUAUCAAAGAGGGCGAGCUCGACGCCCUUAAAUCCCGCAACACUGAGCUCUCAUCCCAAAUAUCCACCCUCAAAUCCGGCUCGUCCACAGAGUCUUCCUCUCAACUCCGGUCCCUUUCUGAAAGAGCACAAGCAGCGGAGAAGAGAGCGCAGACAGCAAGUAACCAGCUGGCAGCGUUGGAAGAGAGGCUGGCAGAGUAUCAGGGGAGGUAUGGACAGGCGGAGAGCAAGUGGGAGGCAAGGGUGAAAGAGUAUGAGAAUAGAUUGCGGAUUGCGGGAGAAAAGAUCAAGACGGAGAAGCAGGGCGGAAAGGAGAGGGCGAUGCAGCUGGAGGCCCAAGUCAGGGAAUUGGAGAAGCAGGUUCACGAUGCGCAAAAGAGGAACCAGAGAGUCGAGGGGGUGGUUGCCAGUGCAGGGCAUCUUUUACCUGGUGGGAACGAGCGUGGGGGCAGAAUGGCGUCGCGAUGA